UAAGCAGUCCCCAAUCCCAAUCCCAUUUCUUCUUGGAGCAGUUGACAACUCUCAGUUUGGAGGGAACACUCUUUUCAACAAUCCCAUUUCUCUCUUCUCCUCCACAAACAAAAAUAGCUUAAUUUCUCAAUACACAACAAUGUUACACGAGCUUCUCUUAGCGUUACUUGGUUACACCGGCGACUUAAUCAUUGACCGGAGAGACAACAAUCUCUCCGCCAACACUCCCAUCUCCGACGAAUGCACUUUCAAACUCGCCCCCGACAUUUCCUUUAUCGAUCCAAGCGACAGGGAGCUUAUUGAGAGGAUAAUCACGUUGGGAUUUUACUAUAGAGAGUUGGAACGAUUUUCGGCCAAGUCUAGGAAUUUAAACUGGAUAAGGUCUGAAAAUGCUAACCCUUUGGAGAAUAAGGAGAAGCCUAGUGUUUAUCGUAGGGCUCUUGCUAAUGGCAUUGUUGAGAUACUUGCAGUUUAUUCGUCUUCCAUUUUGCAUAUUGAGCAGCUGUUGUUGUCUGAAACAAUGCCCAUUUUGGCAACAGUUACUCAAGGGCUUAAUAAGUUUUUUAGCCUUUUGCCACCUUUGUAUGAGCUCAUUCUAAAGAUUGAGCGUGGUGAUAUUCGUGGCGGUGAGCUUCUUAAUCUUCUACAUAAAAAAUGCCAUUGUGGAGUUCCUGAAUUACAAACUUGUAUACAGAGGCUUCUUUGGCAUGGGCAUCAGGUCAUGUAUAAUCAGCUUGCAUCAUGGAUGGUUUAUGGGAUUCUUGAAGACCGGCAUGGGGAGUUUUUUAUAAGCAGGCAAGAAGGUAGAGACGUAGAAAAUAGCUCAUCUCAUCAAGAAAUCUCUGAAAAGUUGUCACGCUUGUCAACUGCUGAUGCAUCUUUAAGUGACUGGCACAUGGGCUUUCAUAUUUCUUUGGAUAUGUUGCCAGAAUAUAUACCUAUGCGUGUUGCAGAAUCAAUUCUUUUUGCCGGAAAAGCUGUCAGAGUUCUGCGGAAUCCAAGUCCUUCCUUCCUGUCCCAGGAUGAUGUGUAUCCCCAAGAACCUAAACGCUUUCCAAAAAUACAUGGAUUUGAAGGGCGUUUUAAUUUUCAAAGAGAGCCUAUAAUCAAUACCGGAAUGAGAGUAGAAGAUUUGCUUCCGCAAUCCGAAGCAGAUAAGAUUGAAAAUAUGCUUCUGGACCUAAAGGAGUCAUCUGAAUUUCAUAAAAGAUCAUUUGAAUGUGCUGUGGACUCUAUUCAGGCUAUUGCGGCCAGUCAUCUCUGGCAGCUUGUGGUUGUGCGCGCUGACUUGAAUGGCCACCUGAAGGCUUUGAAAGACUAUUUUCUUUUGGCAAAAGGAGACUUUUUCCAGUGUUUCCUUGAGGAAAGUAGACAGUUGAUGCGGUUGCCACCUCGCCAGUCUACUGCUGAAGCUGAUCUUAUGGUUCCAUUUCAGCUGGCUUCACUAAAAACCAUCGGUGAAGAAGACAAAUAUUUCUCUAAAGUGUCGUUGCGGAUGCCAUCUUAUGGAAUCACAGUUAAACCUUCCCUAUUAAAUGUACCAAAGGCAACCUCUGCUGCUGCAGAUGGUAUCUCUGGUGCUUCAAUUUCGAAUGCAUCUUCAGAAAUGUCAGUUGAUGGUUGGGAUGGUAUUGCUCUUGAGUAUUCCAUAGAAUGGCCUUUGCAUUUGUUCUUUACUCAAGAAGUUCUCUCGAGGUACCUUAAAGUAUUCCAAUACUUACUGCGGCUCAAACGAACACAAAUGGAGUUGGAGAAGUUAUGGGCAUCUGUAAUGCAUCAAUAUCACAGUAUUUUUGCCAAAAAUAAAAAAAGUGACCAAGACAAGAGUCCAAUCACACAGCAGAGAGAUCAAAGAUUUCGAUCAAUGUGGCGUGUUAGAGAACAUAUGGCGUUCUUAAUCAGAAAUCUCCAAUUUUAUAUUCAGGUGGACGUGAUAGAGUCUCAGUGGAAUAUUCUACAAUCUCAUAUUCAAGAUUCGCAUGACUUUACAGAACUCGUGGGCUUUCAUCAAGAGUAUCUGUCGGCCUUAAUUUCACAAACUUUCUUGGACAUCGGUUCUGUUUCAAGGAUACUGGAUGGCAUCAUGAAGCUUUGUCUGCAAUUUUGCUGGAAUAUUGAGAACCAAGAUAACUUCUCAAAUACUUCUGAAUUGGAACAUAUAGCUGAGGAAUUCAACAAGAAAUCAAAUUCCUUGUACACUAUACUGCGAAGCAGCCGGCUUGCAGGAAGUCAGCGGACUCCAUUUUUGAGACGCUUUCUUUUGCGGUUAAAUCUGAAUUCCUUCUUUGAGUCAACUGCAAAGGAGGUUAUGAAUGUUGUCAGGCCACGUCCUACAUUUCCUGGUUUAAAUCAACGGUAGUGUAUUUCAUUCCACCACAAGUUCAAAGUUUCUCACUUGUUGGGGUAUUAUUUGGCAUGGGGCCUUCGGUCGAGUAAAUUUUCCCGCACCAUCAUCUUGUUUGGAGGGAGAGUUUCGGUGCUGACAAUCAAGUUGCUACCUAUUUGCCGUCGCCAUUGGACCAUCUGAAACUAUCUUUUGAAUGUCAGCUACAUAUUCCAUAUGUUUUUUUGAGAAAGUGGUUGUUGAUCCAGUUGAUUUUGAUUGAUUUUAUUUUAACACUGGACAGUUUGGAAGGUGUUAUGCUUUGUGCUUUUUAGGUGGUUGGUGCUGUGUUUCCCAAUUUGUUGUAUGAGCAGUGAGUGAUUGGUGUGGUGUGUAUAGUGUAAUUGGUUUUUAAUGUUACGAUUUAUGAUACUUAUAAACGUUCUAAUAGGAAAUAUGCCUUUUGAAUGUCAGCUUACA